GCUUCGGAUUAUUAUCUUCUAAAAGUUUCCAAUUAUAGUUAUUAUUAGCAAACAUUCCAGGGGUCCAUUCUUGUAAAUUUUGUACAUAAACUUUGAAUUUAAUGUUUGCUAAAACCAUCUCAAAACGUGAAUUUUGACAAGAUGCUUCACUAUUGAGAUAUAAUAUUUUUUCGCAUACACGUCUUACCACUUGUUUCAUAUGAAAUGAACUCUCAUCUGUAAAUACAAAUUGAUUCUAGUCAAUAUCUUAGUGUUGUAUAACUCACUGAAAUCUUUUCUUAAUAUGGUCACUUGUUGACGAUGGUUUGGAAGUUGGUUUCAUUGAUUAUACAUCAGUCUCUUUAAAUCUUCUUCUUAAUGUCGUUUCACUAGUUUUUAUACUUUUGUUUGAUAAUCUAAAUGCAAUUUGAUCUACGGAUUCGGUUGGAUGUUGAGCUAUCAUCGAUUGAAGUAAAACAUCUUGUUUUUCCGUUGUAGAUCGUUUACAACCAGAUUUUUAUACAACUUCUACAUCACCAGUUGUUUUAUAUAUUUCAAGCCUAUUUUGCAUAGUCAACUUACUGAUUCAUAAAUAUCGUGAAAUAUGAGCAUUUGGCAUGUGUGUACUAUACUUGUGCCUUGAUAAAAAGACGAUUUUCCAUCCUUUUAAAGAAAUGUUCAUUUUUUGAUUAAUUUAUAGAUUGGUAAUAGAAUGAAUAUAAAUACUCCAAAUUUAUAUCAAAUGAUGAGUACGAUUAGUCCGUUGAAAUAAAGCAAAAAGAUAAAAUAAAAGUCAUUGUUGAACAAUAAAAAAAGAGGUCGCUGCUACUUAUGACGAUUACUGUAAGAGAACACCCAUAAGGUGGAUGCGUUAAGGUACCGAGAAAUUAUCUAUAUGGUUCUAGUUAUAAUCAAAGGACAUUGAAAAGUAUCUUUAUUUGAUGAGUAAUAGAAAAAUCUAGAAUGAUUUGUUUUCUAUGAGCUUUCGUUCUCGAGAUAUCGAAUUUUUCAUUCUGUUGAUUAUCUAUCAAAAAUUCUCUGUACUAAAAAGUCGAUCAAUACUAAUUUUAUUUUACUAUAAAACAUCGAAAUAAGUUAAAAAAUUAAAAUUUUGAUCAAUGUCUUGUAUACUCAUCGAGCAUCUCUCCUAAUAAUUAUUUGUUUAGGCUAAUGGAACAAAUGGAUAUAAUUAUACUAUUCAUAAUGGAAUUAAUAAUUCAACAAUAAAAGGACAAAUGAUUGAUUUUGCCACAGAAUAUACGACAUUUAAAACAACAAGUGAAGAUUGGCAAACGGAUAUUUUUGAUGGUUUGACAUUUCCACCAUUGGGUAAUCCACCAAAUCGAAAAAUUAUUAAUGUAUUUCAACCUGAUUUUUGCAGACCUAUACAACUUCGAUACAAUCGAACAGUAUCUGCAUUUGGUUUUAAUCAAUUACAUGAAUAUGUUUUAAAAUUAGUUGAUGUUGAAAAAUGUCCAGAAAUGAAUGAAAAUUGUCCAGAAGUUGAUAAACUUGAUAUUACUAAAUGUUUAUCUGGUUGGUUAAUUUAA